AUGGUACUCUUGACCGCAACGCCUAAUGUGUUCUGCGCCAUCUCUUCCAUUCCACCUUCUGCAUUGCCCUCAGACCUGCCAGACAUUGCUGGCGCGCCCAUCGCACACAAUACGCUGGUCGCUAUUGCCCGCUUAGCACGCCAGCAUGGCGCAGAUUAUACGCUGGAUUCACUGCUGAAGGGCUCGCGAGUCUAUGUCCCGCCUCCUGCUCCCAAGCCACAGAAGUCACCAGAGUAUGUUGCGCUCAUGGACCGGCUCCGCAAGGAGCAGGAAAUGAGAGAGUACCGAAAGCUAGUGUCGAAGACACAGGGCAUGGAAGGGGCAGACGAGGAGGAUAAGGACGACAUCACACCAUCACUCGUCUUCAACGUACUACUGUCCGUUGUUAUGUGUGGUGUCGCCAUGUUUCACAUGACCCGAUGGUGGGCGAAUGAUGCUGUGAGGGUGCUGGUGUCGAUGUUGGUUGCAGUGAUUGUGGGCGUGGCGGAAGUGGUAGUAUAUGCUGGCUACCUGCGGAACCUGAAGCGCAACAAAGCCAAGGAAAAGGCCAAGAUGGAGAGGAAGGAGGUGGUCGGAGAAUAUCAGAACGCAGGCGAUGAGAUGCCAUUGACGGUCGUUGAAGAGAAAGAAACGAUUUGGGGCAGAGGCAAGCACGGAGGUAUGCGACGGCGAGUACGCGAUAGAUGGGAAAAAGAGCAAGGUGAAGAAAGUGAAGAAUAA